AUGGGAAAGAAGAAGGAAUCCAAGAAAUCAUCGUCUUCUCAUCGCGACUCCAUGAGUGAGUCACAGAAAACGAAAACCACCUCGACAACAUCGUCCGGCUUUGACGUCCAGGCCUAUAAAAACGGCCUUCUGCAACCGCCAUACUCUAAGCCACCUACGAACCUCGAGGACCACCGCAAACAACACGCUAGGUCCCGUGCGACAGCUUCACCUCCCGAGCCCGAGUACAAGCGGAGAGUCGAGGGAGCCGGCAACGAGGCGAUCGUAGCCGCUCAAGUAAGCAGACAUGUGCUGAAAGAAUACGGCGACGAAGGCUACAACCAGUCUUUUGGCCGGUCGUUCACGGGGUUCCCGGACGACGUUGGCUUCAAUGAUGGCUUGUCUGCACCCCAACCCGAUUUUGUGGAAGGACUCGAAAUUGAAGAAUAUGGCCCAUUCCCGGUCGACUAG